AUGACACGCAAACCACGCACAGUAUUUACUCGAGAACGAAUCUACAUUCUCGGACAGAAAUUUGUAGCAGGCAUGAUCAACCACUACGAAGUAGGUUUGAUCGAGAGAGCAGCCUCAGAAACAGGUCUUGCCAUGAAUACCAUUAAAGCUAAGCACAAGCCUACGGCGCCAAGAAAUCCAACAAUACCUCGGAUACGCAUUCCGACAGCGAAGCGUGCACUGUCGGGAUAUAACAUUUUUAUGAAAAAAUUCUUUCAAAAAACCAAAGUCAAUGGUCAGUUAGAGCCAAACACUUUGAUUGAGGCAGAAGGUUUGAACGCUAACGCAAAAGCUCGGGCUGAAGCGUUGCGGUUGGAAACGUUUGAGGAAAAGGAUGCGAGUGAUUUGACGGACGUGGAGUAUAGCAGCAGUGACAGAACAAGUGACGAUACUGUCAGUGGGGUAGAUAGUGAAGCAAGAGAGAGUGAGGAGGGAUCUGUGGAGACGUCCAAAUGGUGGAGGAAAUUCCU